GUAGUUGCAGCCAGUUGCAUCACCGACCGGCGUCGCUGCUCGAACGAUCCAGCGAUCACGGGAAACUCGCGACUACCGACGAGCGUUUCUCCUCUCGUUUCGCGGCGUUUCCUACGCGAAACGCGGAAUAAUUAUCAAACUUUCCCACUCACCGCCGCGUUUCAACGUUAAAACAAACAUUUCGAGCUACGUUUCGUACCAAAGUUUGCGAUUUCUGUGAUCCCUCGAAUUUUUUCCAAUUAUAAUUCUGGACAAUCGCGCUAAUGUCGAUCGACGAGAAGUGUGUGAUAAUAAGAAUCGUACGAGGAAUAAAUAGAGUUCUCCACGAGUCAGUUAAUUCCUAAAUAAUUGUGUUUUCCUAUCGGGACUUCGUUUCCGGUUGCAUUUGACAUUGAGAGUCUGGUUUCCCAAGGUGAUGGGAGGAUAUAAGAACUUCCGGAAAGAGUAGUCGAAAGCCUUGAAAGAUAGACGACGAAACGAGGGAUAACAAAGGCGAAUCGGCGCGAAUAGUCGGAAAGACGCGAGGUCGCGUCCGUUCUAGGAGGUUAUCGCUUCGUAGGAGAUAUCGCGUCGUCGAAUGACGAGUCGUAACUCGAACAGAGUCGAUCGCGAAUGACGCAAGGGUGCACGAUGCCGCAGGAGAACGAGACAGCCUCGCUGGUGAACGGCGAGAUCGAUGGUCGUGCCUCGAACGAGGAUCGACCGAGGGAGAUCUUCGGGGAGGAUCCGUCCAAGGACAAGGUCGAUGGUGAACGGCGGGAGGAUUUGAACGGGAUGCCGGAACUCAAGGACGACGAGGUCCAGACGGACGACGAGGACGAGGUCUCGUUGAACGUGGGCGAACCGUCGCCGGAAGUGAUGGAGUACGCCAGGAGGGAGCUGGGGGAGACCGAGGAGGUCAAAUGUCAGACCAUACAGGAACUGAGGGACAUGAUUUACGAGAGGGGAGAGUGCCUGCCACACAGGACGGACGACGCCUUUUUGGUCAGGUUCCUCAGAGUGAGGAACUUCAAUGUCAAUCGCGCGCAUCGAUUGAUAGUGAAUUACUACAACUUCAAAGAGGAACACCCAGAGAUCCAUCAGAAUGUGAACCCAAUGGACAUGAGGUAUAUCGGGGACGACGACGUGAUGACGGUGCCGGCGUACAGGACCCAGUGCGGCAGAAGAAUGAUGAUCUAUCGAUUGGGGAACUGGGAUCCGAGGAAGUAUUCCGUGGAGGAGAUCUUCAAGGCCACGGUUAUCAUUCUGGAGCUGGGCGUAUUGGAGCCCACCGCUCAGAUUCUCGGCGGCGUCGCCAUUUUCGAUCUGGAGGGCAUCACGAUGGCGCAUGCGUGGACCAUCACUCAUCAGGUGGCCAGUAUGGUGAUAGCGCUGAUGGUGUCGGCGUUCCCCAUGAAGACGCACGCGAUUCACAUUCUGCACCAGUCGUGGGUGUUCGACGUGAUGUUCGCGGUGUUCAAGCCGUUCCUGGACGUGAGGAUGCAGAACAAGAUUUUCUUCCACGGCAGUAAUAUGGACAGCCUCCACCAGCACAUCUCGCCGACCCACUUGCCGAAGAAGUAUGGCGGGACUCGGGAGGAAUUGCCUUACUACAAGUGGAUCGACAACCUCAGCAAAGCCCCUAAAAUCGUCAAAGAGAUGAAGGAACUCGGUUACAUAGUCCCCCCGGAGAUCCUCAAGAAAAUGGGUCAACCUCCCAAGGACUGAGGAAGAACCCGAGCGAUCUAUUACUUGCACUUUUAAUUAACGCUUACACUCGCUUCCCGGUAACACGCGCGACCCCUAAACGGUCGCAAACCACCCCCCACCCCCCACCCCCCCCUCGCUGGAUAACACGGAUCAUUAUCCGUUUGGUUUAAAUUCUUAAUAUCCCUAACUCGGAGCUCGUUCUCCCUUUUCCCGAUUUAGUUGCUAGACGUUGGUUUUUGAAACAGUAUGGUUUACUUUUAUUCUCACGUUCAUUUUGUUACGCGCGAUUCUCCUCUUUUUACUCUCGAUUGCGAAACCGGAGUAUCGAUUAAACGCUGUAAGGUAGUGAUUUUCUUGUCUUUCGCAUUAUCUACGAAGUUUCGCGGUGUAGAACCGUCACUGGGUCGACGAUCAAUUUAAAAUUCACACUCGAGGGCCGCGCCGCGGUCGACGAAGAAGACAAAUUUCCUGCUGAAAGUCCUUUCAGCGAUCCCCCCCCCCUGGAGCCUAGGCGAACGGUUCAUC